AUGGAGAAAGCAGCAAGCUUCCAUUUCUUCUGCCUUCUGCUGGUUGCCAGCACUUUAUUUGAGACCACAGAAGCAUUUGUCUUCAGUGCCUCUCUAGAGCUGGUCUAUUUUAACAGCACCAGCAAGACCAGUGUCACCCAGCAGUGCAACUGUGGCGUCUAUGGCUCAGGAUCUCCUCGCCGUAGUGCCUUGGGGAUCGUGGCCAUUCCUGCCUCCGGCAGCCUUCAAGCCUGCGCCCCAGACACCCAGUUCAGCGCCAGCCACCGGCCCUGGAUCGCGCUGAUCCCAAGCGGCAGCUGCAGCUUUGCUGACAAAAUCCGGGUGGCAGCCAGACGGGGAGCGGCGGCCGUUGUGAUCUACAACGCGCAGGGCAAAGGCAACGACGUCUUCCCCAUGAAGCAUCUCGGUGGUGAAAACAUCGUUGCCAUUAUGAUUGGCAACCUGACAGGGACAGAGAUCUUACACCACAUCGAGAGCGGCCUGAGAGUGACCAUGGCUAUAAAAGCAGAGAAAACACAUCAUCUCUCGAUGCUCCAAUACACCCUCAUCAUCAUCAUUGUGGUUUUUCUCAUAAUAGAAGUGUCAGCCCUGUACAACUACAUUCGUUAUUACUUUCAGAGACGCAGGAUUGCAACGGCCCUGUCUGACAGUCAGCAACAGCUGCGGGCCAUGACUAAGUUGGCCAUAGAACAUUUCGAGCUGCGCACCAUGAAGCAAGGGGACAAGGAGCUGGGACCUGAAGGAGAAAUCUGUAUUGUGUGUCUUGAGCCCUUCCAGCCGAAGGAAGUCGUGCGUGUCCUGACCUGCAAGCACCUCUUCCACCAGCACUGCAUUGACCCCUGGCUCCUGGAGCACGCGACAUGCCCGCUGUGCAAAUGGGACAUCGUCAACGUGCUGCGUGUUGAGAAAGUGAGUUUGCAGCUGCCUGGGGCUGCAGCUGAGGCAGAAGAGCGAGUGGGUCCCAGCUCCUGGCGCAGCAGCAUCCUGAAGGACACGCUGAGGAGGCUCCGAGCCAUCGUGACCCUGGACCCUGACACCGCUCACCCCGAGCUCAUCCUGUCUGAGGACCGUAAGAGCGUGAGGAGAGGAGGGGGCUUGAGCCCCCAGGAGCUCCCUGACUCGCCCCAACGCUUCGAGUACUGGCCCUUCGUGCUGGGCUGGCCGGGCUUCGCGGGGGGGAGGCACUGCUGGGACGUGGAGGUGGGUGAGGCCGGGGAUUGGGCAGUGGGGGUGGCUCGAGAGUCAGUCCCAAGGAAAGGGAGGCUCAGCCUCUCCCCUCAAGGUGGGAUUUGGGGGGUGGAGAAGUGGGGGGGACAGAUCCGAGCCCUGACCCCCCGUAAGGUGACGCUGGUGCCCCUGAGGUGGGUUCCACGCAGGGUCAGUGUCCACCUGGACUAUGCUGGGGGGUCUGUGGCCUUUUUUGAUGCAGAGGAGGGGGGGCUCAUGUUCCUCUUCUCACGUGCUGCCUUCACUGGGGAGAGGGUCCGGCCCUGGCUCUGGGUGGUGGGGGCCAAAUCCCACCUCAGGCUCAGACCCUGA